UUGAAACCCAACAACAUAUUAUAUGACGAACCAGCAUGUUUUUUGUAUAAAAGUGUGUCUUCCCAGUGCUUUUUCAUCAGUAUGUAACCCAAGACUAUUUAUACCGUGGUAGUUUUCUGUUCCAUGCUCUACCCUGUUGAAAGCUAGGCCAGAGAAGAACAUGGAUGUGUAACCAGCUCAAUCACAGAGAGUGAAAAGCAAGAAGAGGCUUCCCAUCACUUGUUGCAGCCCAGGAACUGGAGCCUCGGGAAAGGAAGCCAGCAAGCAUACAAGUGGUGCCAUGAUGUUGGAUCCACAGGGGAAAGGAGCUCCCGGAGAGGAAGGAAAUACUCCAGAGGUCACAGCAGGACCCAUCUCCACUAAUACUCAACAGGUACAAGGUGGAGCAUCUGUGUCUCCACCUGUGGCUCCAUUACAGCCUCCUGCCACCACAGCAACAGAGGAUGAAGAUGAGAGUGAAGAUGAGUCAGAAAUCCUGGAAGAAAGUCCCUGCGGCCGCUGGCAGAAACGCAGAGAGGAGGUGAAUCAGCGUAAUGUCCCAGGGAUAGAUGCUGCAUACUUGGCCAUGGACACAGAGGAAGGGGUAGAGGUAGUGUGGAAUGAAGUCAUGAUCUCAGAGAGGAAGAACUUCAAACUGCUGGAGGAGAAAGUGAAGGCAGUAUUUGAUAACCUGAUCCAUUUGGAACAUGCAAAUAUUGUCAAGUUUCACAAGUACUGGGCGGACACGAAGGAGAACCGAGCUAGGGUGAUUUUCAUCACUGAAUAUAUGUCGUCAGGAAGCCUGAAGCAGUUUCUAAAGAAGACAAAGAAGAAUCACAAAUCCAUGAAUGAAAAGGCUUGGAAGAGAUGGUGCACACAGAUCUUGUCUGCUCUCAGUUAUCUCCACUCAUGUGACCCCCCCAUCAUCCAUGGCAACCUGACCUGUGACACCAUCUUCAUCCAACACAACGGGCUCAUCAAGAUUGGAUCAGUUGCUCCAGACACCAUCAACAACCAUGUGAAGACGUGUCACGAGGAGCAGAAGAACUUGCACUUCUUUGCCCCAGAGUAUGGAGCUGUUGAGGAUGUCACCACAGCCGUAGACAUCUACUCGUUCGGCAUGUGUGCCUUAGAGAUGGCGCUCUUGGAAAUCCAGGGGAAUGGAGAGUCCUCUUAUGUUUCUCAGGAGGCCAUCAACAAUGCCAUACAGUUACUGGAGGACCCACUGCAGAGGGAGUUAAUCCAGACGUGCCUCGAGUGUGAUCCCAGUACAAGACCUACAGCCCGAGAGCUGCUGUUUAACCAGGCUCUGUUUGAAGUACCCCAGCUAAAGUUGCUGGCUGCACAUUGUAUUGUCAGCUACCAACACAUGAUUCCUGAGAAUGCCCUGGAGGAGAUUACCAAGAACCUGGACCCCAACCUGAUCAUCGCUGAGACGAAAGAGGACGUUCAGCUCAAGCUUUCACAGUUUCCUGCCUUGGAGCUUGAUAAGUUCCUUGAGGAUGUGAGAAACGGUAUUUAUCCAAUGACAGUGUUCGGGCUACCCUGCCCUCAGCAGCCUCAACAAGAGACGGUGAAAUCUCCCAUUGUUGUCCCCUUGGUCAAAUCCCCCACCCCUGAACCUGCAGAGCUUGAGACACGGCGGGUCAUUCAUAUGCAGUGUAACAUUGAACCUGUCGAGGAGGGAGCAAAGUAUCAUCUAACAUUGCUGCUGAAACUGGAGGAUAAGUUGAAUAGACAUCUAAGCUGUGACAUGUUACCUCAUGAGAAUGUUCAAGAGUUGGCUGCAGAGUUGGUGGAGCUGGGCCUAAUCAGUGAGGUGGACCAAAACAAAAUAGCCUCUCUACUAGAAGAAACAUUCAGCCAAGCUCUUCACUAGUGACAGUUUCUCAGCACAUUACACACUGUGUCAUGAGUACACUCUCUAAACCCCAUUACAUGUUCUUUUUGAUUGCUUAACUCAGUGUCUGUGUUUAGUUUUUUAUGUCUUUUCUACUAAGGGUAGGUUUUUCAUUUGCAUUAGGGAUGGAAACUUCCCAAUAGCACAGAAAACCUUGAACUUAAAGCCAAUUUUAGAGUCCAGGUGACUUUAAAGAAGCCACCUAGAGUGAUUUCACAUUUUUAUUUUACAAGUCAGAACAUACGUAUAUAUAGUAUGUGUGGAAUACUUUUAAAUUAUUUGGCUACUAAGUUGGCUGUUACAUAUGAUUGAAAGGUGGACCUCAUUAAUGCUGCAACAGACACAAUCACAACAGGGGGGUGUACUAUGAAGUAGGUUCGGCAUAGCCAGGCUUUCUUUAAAACCUGGUCAGAGAUGUUAACAUAGGUUUUCUUAAUCAGUCUCUGUAUGUGUUGAGUUAACUUCCACACAAAAUGAACCAAUCAUGUGUCGCCUACUUCAAUCAAUGCUCUCUCAGUGCCUCCUGUUUAUUUCUAAUGUGACAAUUGCACAUUGUAGAGCUCUUAAUUAAACUUGACACAGCAUAUUUUAAUCAUUAUACUCAAUAGUUACAUUUAGGUCUGACACUGUCCGAUGGAGGAUACAUGGAAAUCACUUUCAUUUUAGUCCAGAUCAAAGUGAAAUUAAUUCUAUUGACUGAAUAUUAUCUGUGAAAAAAACACCAAUCGACCAAUCAAUUUUCUAUUCAGUGUUCUAUUAGCUGCAGUACCAGCAGUGUCAAACAGGCAUGGCAACAAAUCUGGACCAAGCAUAAAAACAUAAUGUAAAGUGGUCUAUAGUUGCUGUGCCGUCAUCAUUCUUUUGGUGUGUGGAUGAUAUGCUGUGUAAAAUUUAAAUGUUAAUAUUACAGUUGGUACUGCUGUAAUUCCAGCGUUGUUCAUUGCUAACGUACAGCUCGGCAAGUUUGUGUAUUUAACCUGUUCCCUCAGUAUUCCUGACAAUCUUAAUCACUCAUUGGAAAUAUCAUCAGGAAAAGAAUUAGUGAAAGAGGUGCACUUUUAUAGCUGAUUUAAAUCUGAAACUAACUGAUUCAUUGAAAACUCUGAAUUUAGGCUCAACAUACAAUGCUAACCCAUCACAGUACAUCCCUCGAUACUGACUAGAUUACUUGCAGCUUCGUGUUGAAACCCGCUUUUUCUCAAGUGCACAGUUGUAUUGUAGUGUGAGGUGUUUACAUUUUGAGUUGUCUGGCCUGUUUGUGUCAGGGUGAAUCUAAAACAUAAUCAAGACUGAUUCAGGCUUUCACAGGAGUCACACCACAUCCUAACUCACUUCUCCUUCAUUUUAAUGGUCGGCUCUACACCUGUUGACCACAGCAGAACGAUAGCUUCCCUAGAGAUAAAGGGGUCAACUUUUACCCAAAGAAAAUUUUACAUAUUAAGCAAGUCUUUCUGGAUCCUUAUGUCACACCACAUGGCUCCCCCUCUCAUUUGACUCCUUUUUGUUUUGCCUCAUAUGACUGAACAUUCCCAGCUCAUUGCUCGUUUUGUGAUGUGUUCGACUAGCCUUCACCUAUCAGGUUGAAUGUAUGUAAUCAUUUGAAAACUGAUUGGCAGAGAUGCAACUUUCUCACUUGACUUUAUAAAAGACAAAUACCCAUGACUAAUAUUUAUAAAAAGCCUUUGAUACAGAAUGAAAUGCAUGUGCACCACUGCACAUCACAUUUUGGGUGGGAAUCAUGCCAAUUGCCUCUGGAAAAAUGAAUAGCUGGUUACUUUGAGGUACUGUGAACUCAGUGUUACUGAAUUUGUGUGUGUUUGUUUUUAUAUUUUGCUCAACUCUUUGCCUUAUUCUAAGCCCACGCACUUGCCUUCAAGUCCUCUUUUCUCAGUUUGUUUUUAUUUUAUUCAUACCAUUUGCUGCUUGUUGGGUUCACACAUGCUACUCAGCCUUUAAAAUUCAUUCAUGUGAGACUUGUACUGAACUCGGCUGCCAUAUGCUGUAGAAAGAGGACCUAUUCCUGAUACACCUGUGUGAGAGCGUCAUGUGUUUUAUUUAUGUCAUAGAUACUGUAUGUCAUGAGUUUUCCUCCCCUUUUUGUUUACUCUGAUUUCAGAAGGACACCACAUUGUUGAGAGUCUGAGCCAAUACACAACUUUUUUUGUUUCUGUUUCUGCUAUUUUCAUUUGAUCACCAUUUAGUAAGACUGGGACUGGGUGGGUUGAAGCUCAAUACAUCAUGCUGGUCUAGUCUAGACUUGUAUUGAGAUCAGGGAGUUGCAUGUGACAUUUUGGCUCAGAACUCUUUGUGGACUACUGGUACUACUGUGUCUGAAAGCUCAUACAGUUCAGGAUAUGAACAGGCAUUAAGAUAAUAUCACAUUCUCUGUAUAACAAGGCAGCAGAUACUAUUGGAUGCAAUAAAUUAAACAGUUUUAAAUAAUUUUAUUGAGAUUAUACAUUAUGUUUAAUAACCACCGAUUUAAUUGAACUGCUGCUGUAUGAGCUUGCAGGCAGAGACUUCCUCUGAUGCUGGUCAUUGAGUUAUAAUGUUCAAUCGUUCACCUCACUUUUGAGAUCAUAUUAAUCCUGUGAUCUCCUGUCAGAUAUUUCUCCUGUGUUUUUCAAGUGUAUUCAGGCUUCUGUUGUGUUCCAGUCAGCAUUUUUUUGCUGUACAUUAGUCCUUCUUAAUGCAUUGUUUACUUAAGUUUCCGCUGUUGGUCUGUUUGUGAACUCUUAAGAUUGUAUAUUCCAAAGAUGUGUUUUUAAAGUCAGCCAGGAGAAUGUAAGCACACCUCUUCUUGAACAGAGAAGUGGUGAAAACCAACCAAUGUGAUCACCAGAGCAGCUCUCUCUGUCUGUCUCUCUGUCUGUCUGUCUCUCUCUCUCUCUCUCUCUCUCUCUCUCUCUCUCUCUCUCUCUCUCUCUCUAUCUAUCUCUCUCUCAAAGUAUUGGUGGUGUCCAAACUGCUUAUUAGAUAAUGAAAAAGGGUGGACAGCUUUAGACUGUCACCGUUACAAGGAUCUCUUGGUUACAUUUGGACAGUCUUAUAUUUUGUAUAUGUCAUGAAUGUCAGUAAAUGUGUGAGACAUGUAUCCUGAAAAACUGACUGUAUGAGUGUUCUUUCAAAUAAAUGUGUGAAA